CAUGCUUUUUUUUUUUGCAUUUCGCUAACAUUCAUCUACAAUCAGGUACAAAGUACACAUUCUAAUGAAAAAUGGCAAAAAAAGUUCAUCUGACUCCAAAUGAUGACGCAAAAUAAAAGAUAGAAUAAAUAAUGCAAUUUCUCUAACUAACAUGAAUUUAUCAAAUUUAAGAUUUUAGGCAUAUUUGUUGAUAUAUAUUACCUGAAAAGAUAACAAUUUCAUAACAUAAUAUAUAUAUAUAUAUAUAUGUGUGUGUGUAUAAAUACUAAUUUAAUAUAAUUAUUGUAUGAUGAAGUCCACAUUUAUAAAUUAAUCUUAUAUCAUAAUUAAAAUUAAUUUUUUUAAUCAAAUAAUAAACAAUCCGGCUAUUACACUUUCAAAUUAUAAUGCAUAUAUUUAAACAUUAAAGUAUCAUGCAUAUAUUUAAACUUAUAUUUCUCUUAUAAUAACUAUGUAGAGUCUACAAUCAAAUUAAUAUAUCUCCAUAUCCUUUAUACAUAUUUUGUUUUCUAAAAUACUGUUUAAAAAUAUUCUAGGUUAUAAAACCAUAACCAACCUAUAUCAAUAUUAGCAAAAUCAGCACUACGCACCGGCAAACUCCUGAUAUGUAUAUAAAAUUGGAUAAAUAAACAUAAAAAUCGUCAUAUCAUUAAUUUUAGAAUUGCUCAAAACAUUUACUUUUACAACCAAAUCUGAAUUAUUUAUAAUCAAGAACACCCUUGGUUCUAUCUCUUUUGUUAGAUGAUUUUAUAAAUUAGAAUAAACAAAGUCGUGGGGUUGGAGCAAUUGUUAAAUUAUAAUAUAUUUUUUUUGUUAAAUUAAUUGGAAAUUUGGAAGGAACAAACUGGAGGCUGGUUGGGAGAGAAGAAUAGUUAAGUAAACGUGGAACGACACCCUUCUAUUUUGUUUUCGGGGAAUGCGGAAUUAAAUUAAAGUUGGUUCUGUUGGUGUACUGGAGUUAUUCAUUGGGAAGGAAACAAAAAUCUCGAAAAAGAGCUCUCUUCAGAGCAUAUUCAAUGAAAUUUCUAAUAGAUUCUUCUUUUUUCUUGAACCACCUAAUAGAUUCUUCAAACGUUACAAAAUGAAAAAAAAAAAAAAAAUUAGAACAUCACUAUGUCCAGAAUGAAGAAAAUGUUUUCAAAAACUAUUGAAAUAUUAAAACCAAUUAAAUACUAUUAAACGAGUAUUUCAUGUUUUCGGGAUUUUUUAAACAUUUAAUUAUUUUUAAUGUUUAAUAGUUUUUAAGAACUUUUCCUAUAAAACGCGAUUGCUUUUUGAAACGUUCAAACUAAAGAAAAUUUGCUUAAAAACUUUAGAAACUCAUUCGUUACAUGUCUUCUUUUUAGUGGUCAACUGUUAUUAAUUAGCAUAUAAAUAUUUUAACUUUUAAGAAAUUCAAUACCGUCUCUAGAGCCAUCGAGGUUGAACUUACUACAAAAACACUGUUUAUAAAAGAUUCCCUUUUAUAUAACUCUCAUAAACAUACAAACCUGUUGACUCACUAUUGGCUGGAAAAAAAAUCAGAAAAGGAAGUAAAGUCGUUUAUGUUAACUGAAUAACUGUGAAUUUGAUUUAUUAACAAAGAUAACGCGUAGAAAUGAAAAGAAGCCUGACAAAAUAAAUAAAACAACUUUCUUAACACGUAGAGUCAACUCUGAAUCCGACUGUACAUAAACAUAACUACAUAUAGGCAUGUUCAAACCUGGAAGACCAAGAAAAUUAAAAAAGCAUAGAAAGGAAUUUAUGUUGAUAAUCCAAGUAAAUAAAAGUUCAUGCAUUUAACACAAAACAUGUCCGAUAUCUCCAAUGAAAAAAACAAAUCCUCAAAUUUACAUAUAAUUUUCUCAACAAAGAGAGAGAGAAAAAACAAGAACACAAGAAUGUUGUGCGGAGACAUGAGAGGUGUACUCUUCUCCGUCUUACUUCUGUUCCCUGCGUUCUCUUUCUCUGCCAACACUUUGUCGGCCACAGAAUCUCUAACCAUCUCAAGCAACAAGACCAUUUCGUCUCCUGGUAAUAUCUUCGAGCUUGGUUUCUUCAAACCCUCUUCGUCUUCUCGUUGGUAUCUCGGGAUAUGGUACAAGGCAAUCUCCAAGAGAACCUACGCAUGGGUUGCAAACAGAGACCAUCCUCUCUCUUCUUCCAUCGGAACUCUCAAAAUCUCCGACAGUAACCUCGUGGUCGUUGAUGGAUCAGACACAGCUGUUUGGUCGACGAAUCUUACCGGAGGAGGAGAUGUGAGAUCUCCGGUGGUGGCAGAGCUUCUUGAUAACGGUAACCUCGUGCUCAGAGACUCUAACAACAACGAUCCAGAUGGAGUUUUGUGGCAGAGUUUCGAUUUUCCGACAGAUACUUUACUUCCGGAGAUGAAACUCGGUUGGGAUCUCAAAACCGGGUUUAACCGGUUCUUGAGAUCGUGGAAAAGUCCUGAUGAUCCAUCAAGCGGCGAUUACUCGUUCAAACUCGAGACAAGAGGGUUUCCGGAGGCUUUCUUGUGGAACAAAGCGUCGCAAGUGUACCGGAGCGGUCCGUGGAAUGGAAUCCGGUUUAGUGGUGUACCGGAAAUGCAACCGUUCGAUUACAUAGAGUUCAACUUUACAACGAGUAAUCAAGAAGUGACUUACUCAUUUCAUAUCACCAAAGACAACAUGUACUCGAGAUUAAGUUUGAGCUCCACGGGGUCACUACAACGGUUCACUUGGAUUGAAGCAAUACAGAACUGGAACCAGUUCUGGUACGCACCAAAAGACCAAUGUGAUGAGUACAAAGAGUGCGGAACUUUCGGUUACUGCGAUUCCAACACGUACCCGGUUUGUAACUGUAUGAGAGGGUUUGAGCCGAGGAAUCCACAGGCGUGGGGGUUAAGAGAUGGGUCUGACGGUUGCGUGAGGAAGACGGCUCUGAGUUGUAACGGUGGAGAUGGGUUUGUGCGGUUAAAGAAAAUGAAAUUGCCGGAUACUGCGGCGACUAGUGUGGACAGAGGUAUAGGGAUUAAAGAAUGUGAAGAGAAGUGCAAAAGUGAUUGUAAUUGUACUGCGUUUGCUAAUACGGAUAUCCGAGGUGGUGGAUCGGGUUGUGUUGUGUGGACCGGAGAUAUUUUGGAUACCCGGAAUUAUGCUAAGGGUGGUCAGGAUCUUUACGUUAGGUUGGCUGCUACUGAUCUCGAGGACACGACGAACCGAAAUGCAAAAAUCAUAGGCUCAUGCAUUGGAGUGAGCGUUUUGCUUCUUUUAUGUUUCAUCUUCUACCGCUUUUGGAAAAGGAAGCAGAAGCGAUCAAUAGCAAUUGAAACAUCAUUUGUUGAUCAAGUGAGGAGCCAAGAUUUGCUAAUGAACGAAGUGGUAAUACCUAGUAGGAGACAUAUAUCUAGAGAAAACAAAACUGAUGAUCUCGAAUUGCCAUUAAUGGACUUUGAAGCUGUUGCCAUUGCAACUGACAAUUUCACUAACGCCAACAAGCUCGGUCAAGGUGGUUUCGGUAUAGUUUACAAGGGUAGGUUACUUGACGGGCAAGAAAUAGCUGUAAAAAGACUGUCAAAAAUGUCGGUACAAGGGACUGAUGAGUUCAAGAAUGAGGUGAAACUCAUUGCAAGGCUUCAGCACAUAAACCUUGUUCGUCUUCUUGGAUGUUGCGUCGAUGAGGGCGAGAAGAUGUUGAUUUACGAGUAUUUGGAGAAUCUUAGUCUCGAUUCUCAUCUCUUUGACAAGACUCGAAGCUGUAAGCUAAAUUGGCAGAAGAGAUUUGAUAUUACAAAUGGUAUUGCUAGAGGGCUUCUAUAUCUUCACCAAGAUUCACGGUUUAGGAUUAUACAUAGAGACUUGAAAGCGAGCAAUGUAUUGCUUGAUAAAGAUAUGACUCCAAAGAUCUCGGAUUUUGGGAUGGCUAGGAUCUUUGGACGGGAUGAAACAGAAGCUAAUACGAGGAAGGUGGUCGGAACUUACGGCUACAUGUCCCCGGAAUAUGCGAUGGAUGGAAUAUUCUCUACAAAAUCAGAUGUUUUCAGCUUCGGUGUUUUGCUUCUUGAGAUCAUAAGUGGCAAGAGGAACAAAGGAUUCUACAACUCUGACCAUGACCUAAAUCUUCUUGGUUGUGUGUGGAGGAACUGGAAAAAAGGGAAAGGGCUAGACAUCGUAGAUCCAAUCAUCUUAGAUUCUUCACCAUCAACGUACCGUCCACUUGAAAUCUUGAGAUGCAUAAAGAUUGGACUCCUAUGUGUUCAAGAACGUGCAAACGACAGACCAACGAUGUCGUCCGUGGUUAUGAUGCUAGGAAGUGAAACAGCGGCUAUUCCUCAGCCUGAACAGCCAGGUUAUUGCGUUGGGAGAAGUCCUCUUGAUACUGAUUCAUCAUCGAGUAAUCAGCGGAAUGAUGAAUCUUGGUCUGUGAACCAAAUGACUGUAUCGGUCAUUGACCCUCGGUGAUGUGAGCGUCACUGUGUCAAUCUGUAUUUGUUAAAAUGAUUAAAACUGAGUGAUACAAGUAUCGACUGUCUAACAUGGUUUGUAACUUGCAUAGUUUUUUCUAUGUACGUCUCCAUAUCAAAGACAUACUAGAUGGUCCGA